AUGAUUGGGGAGUUAGGUGAAAUUGGACAGAUGAGAUCUAAAAUCAAGUUGUAAGAGAAGGUAACUUUUUGGAUAUAUUUAAGAUAGAAGUAUGGUGUAUAGAAUCUUUUUUCUAAGGAAUUAGAUUGUGA